AGUGGGUUACUGGGCUAGUGGUAAACAAACAUGCCGGUGUUUUGAACCGAAAGCGGUACUACAGCGGUAUGCUGCGACACUCUUUUGUGUGUUUGUAACUUGACGGUUACGGCAGUGGCUGUUGAUCAUGUUGUCUAUAGCAAAAUCUUCAGCCGGCAUAGAGUCAUUGGGGUUCGAACUGCCGCUUUGCACAAAGGAACAUGAAGACUACAAGACACGCAUCCGAAGUUUCAUUGACGAGUACGGAUCUCAAUCCCAAUGGUCCUGCAAGCCGCCAGAACUUUCACCAUCGGUCUGUGCUCGGUUUGGUUGGAAGUGCGUCGGAGAGGACAUGCUUUGUUGCAUCUUGUGCAAAUCCCAUCUCGAUUGUCAACUUAGUAACAGUUUGGGCCACAAGCUGUAUAAACAAUGUACAGAGAAGCUGGUUUCAUCCCUGAAAGAUGCCCAUAAGAGCUGCUGCCCUUGGAAGACUGCACCUUGCCCAGGGUCCUAUGCUGUCAUGGAGCCAGUGAUGCGUCUUGAAGCACUUGAGCAAUUGCGCGAGAGGCUCAGAACGCUUAUCCCCAUCCUCUCGUCUCUCCCUUUGCUGAGCUCUGAACAGAUCCAAAAGCAGCUCGGUAGUGAAGCAAUAGCCAAGAUAUGCAAGUUGGCUGGUGAGGAACAAACCAAGGAGAGCGAACGGGCCGUCUUGCUUGCACUGACUGGCUGGAAGACUGCCAAUCCAGCUGGAAAACUGAAGCAACUAAGUUGCGAAUUUUGCUGUAGGAAGGUUGGAACCUGGCUUUAUGCAUCUCCCGAAGAGCUAAUCUCACAAGACACUAGUUGCAAGAAUGAAAACGGCGAAGGGCAUGGUGUCAAGAGGAAGCACGAGGAGGAACAGAUGGACCCAGUGAAGGAGCAUCGUCCCUGGUGCAUAUGGGUAGUGACUGGAACAUCGGGAAAGAAAGGCUGGGUUGUUUACAGCGAGUGCCUCCUAAGAAAUCUCGAAUCAAGCAGCGAUCAAACCGGCACUCCUCCUUCAGUUGCUGCAUUCCAAGAGAAGGUGGAACGGAUCCUCAACUCGUGGAAGAAAAUUAAGGUGCCUCCUACUUGAACUUCUGCUACGCCCGAUUUCGAAACCAGAGCCUCAUAUUUCGCAUUGUGUUCAAAUUUAUGAAAGACUGUCAAAAGGCACAAGCGACACGCCGCUCAUUCUCUCAAUAAACGUUAUUUAUUUA